GUCGUCAACAUAACCGGUUGACUUGACAUUGACGGUGUUGACGGUUUGAUUAAAGUCAUUGCCUUUAAUGAUAUAACCUAAGUAUUUUAUUUGAUAAUUUGAGUUCAGUUAUCCAAUUUUUUAUCUCUGUAACUAAUCAUAAUUAUUCUGAAUGAUUCGGUGAUAAGAAUUCAACCGAAUUGGUGGCAAGGUCCUGAUCUUACGAAAUUCUAAAAUGAUAUUGAGAAAUUUCUUGAAACUAUGUGUGCUGUAUUUGAUAAGCUUGUUUGGCCUUUUCAUAACUGAAGUUGAAUCUGCUGGACAAUUAGUAUAUGCUGUGAACUGUGGUGGAGAGGCGCAUACAGACGUUUAUGGAAUAAGAUAUGAACGAGACCCUUUACAUGGACGUAUUGGUAUUGCUUCUGAUUAUGGCAAGCGCUUGCUUAUUGGGAGGGUCGCACAAAAUGAUUACUUAUUGUAUCAGACUGAAAGAUACCACACCAACACUUUUGGUUACGAUAUCCCUGUUAAUUCAGAUGGAGACUAUGUAUUAGUACUCAAAUUCUGUGAAGUAUAUUUCAAUGCACCUGAUCAAAAGGUUUUUGACGUGGUAUUGAAUGGUGAUCAUACCAUUGUUGCAGAUCUGGAUAUAUUUGAGAAAGUUGGAAGAGGCAUAGCUCAUGACGAAUACAUUCCCUUUAAAAUAUCAAAAGGUCGGCUCAUUGUGAAUGGAGAGGACUCAGAAAUCAGAGGUGGUCGUAUUCGAGUAGAAUUCAUUAAAGGUUACAAGGACAAUCCAAAAAUAAAUGCAAUGUAUGUAAUGAAAGGUAAACUUGAAGACAUUCCUAAAUUGCCUCCAAUUCCAAUGGAACCAAGUCCCAUCGAGGAGACAAUCAAAGAAGAACCAGAAGUCAUUCCAAAAUCCAGAAGGCCUAGUGGCCCUAAACAACCAGACCCAUACACGGCAGAUGAUUCAUCACUCAUGCUGCCAAUUUUCAUAGCAAUAGGAGCUUUUAUACCUUUACUAUUUUGUUUGUGCAAAUUGUGAUCACAUAUAUUUAGGUAUUUUAUAAUUUUUUAGUUAAUUCUUCAAUCAUUUCUUUACAUUGGGUUGAAUUAAUUUUGUGAAUAUUUCUUAAGGAUGCUGUACGAAUAUUUUAGAAAAUCUGAUUUUUUUUAUCUGCUGUUUGGAAUUAGUUCCAUCUGAAUAUUCAACUUGCCUCGAAAAUAAUAACCAAUGUUGACCCUUCCCCAAACAAUUCAUAAGUGUAAUAGGUAUAUAUUACUUUUGAUUAUUGUGAAUAUUGGAUAUUUUUCGCAAAGUAGUAGUAAUCUUUCCAAAAUGACGAAAUAGUUAAUAAAUUCUUCUCACAGAAAAGUGCCUAGUAUCACAGCACUUUUUUCUUGAUCUAUUACUUGUAAUCAAUGUUUCUAGUGAAAUCUCAAAAACAUAUUUGAUGAAAAAUUGUUAGUGAGGUUUGUAGAGAAUUCAUAGUAUUAUUGUAUCAGGUAUACUAUCUGGUGCACUUCACUGUUGUACUUACAAAUUGUAUAAUUUUGAGUAUCUUUUAAUUUAAAUUAUUGAGUAUUUGUUGAGAUCACGAGUUAAAAGAAGACACUGUGAAUCAAUAAAUUAGUUAUGUUUA